GCAGAGCGAGCAGAGCAGAGCAGAACAGAAUAGCAGCAGCAGCGAAGCAAGACAAAGUGAACGAACCUCGAACACACAUUUUUGACGUGUGCGUAAAUGCGAACAGCAACAACAACAACAAAGCAUUUGUGUAGUUAAUUUAUUCAUUGUGUGCCUCGCGCGAAUCUGCAAAGAGAAAGUCUUGAGUCAUACGCAGAAAGAAAGACAUUUAUUAAUUACAAACAAUUGUGCAAUUGGAAACAAAGAAACAAAGUUUUCCUUGACAACAACAACAACAAUAAUGGCCGUGGCCUUCUACAUACCGGACCAGAAGGAAAUGCUGCGCAAGGCGCGCGAGCAGGAGAAGCAGCUGUUGCGUCUACGUCAGUGGCAAAUGGCAACAGUUGUAUUGAACACCAUACGCCAGCUAAUGGACUCCACGGCCAGCCAGUGUCUGCAGCGAGCAGGACGCAAGUGUGGCAAGUGGCGCAAACCAUCGCAGUGAAAACGCAACUUGAGUAAACAACAACAGCAACUAAUACUACUGCUACUAUUUCUACAACAACAACAACUGCCCACAGUCCAUCAAUAAGUACAUAGGCAAAUUCCAUAUACUCUAUUAGUCUUAUCUUAGGGCUAAACACCGACGGCAUCAACAACAACAACAGCAUCUUACACCCAAAAUUCUUCCCGCUUCUAAGUUUACUCAUCAAAGCGAUUGUGAUAAUGGUUUUGUUUCUAUAUAGCAACAACAACAACAACUAUAAAUAUAUAUGUAUGUCAAGCGAAACGAGUUUUCGAUUUAGCAAUAUUUGAUUUAAUUGUAACACAAAAAUAAUGAAAAAUAUAUGUCUUAGUUUGUAAGCGUCCUGCUAGACGAUUUUGUAGAAGCUGUCGAAGCGCAGCUUAAACAAAACUCCUUAAAAGGUUUGCCUAAAAGAAAAUUGUAUCAAUUUUUUGACAAGCCCAAAAAC